CUAAACAAACAAUGUUCUUAGCUUGGUUUGAAGCAAAUAAGAGGUAUUCAGAAGCUAGAGAUAUUAAGUAUGCAGAUUUUCCACAACAAUUCGUGUACAAUGAAAACUCCUUGAGGUGGCAGCCUAGAAAAAGAGGGUUUGCAAUUGGAAGAAUUAGAAGUGUUCCCCCGGGAAAGGGAGAAGACUACUACCUAAGACUGCUACUUAAUAUUCAAAAAGGUUGCACAAGCUUUGAAGAUAUCAGAACUGUGAAUAACAACAUUUACCCAACAUUUAGAGAUGCAUGCUAUGUAUUGGGAUUAUUAGAUGAUGAUAAAGAAUACAUAGAUGCUAUCAAAGAAGCAAGUAUAUGGGCAAACGGUGCUUACAUCCGAAGGUUAUUUGUUGUCCUGUUGAUUUCAAAUAGUUUAACCAGACCAGAACAUGUUUGGGAAAGCUGUUGGUCAGAUUUGUCGGAUGAUAUUGCAUACAAACACCAACAACGUCAUAAUAAUCCAGAUUUGACUUUAUCAGACGACAGCUUGAAAAAUUAUGCUUUACUUGAUAUUGAGAAAAUCAUGCAAAGCAACAGUAAGAGUUUACGUAAUUAUGACUCUAUGCCGCUUCCAAUUGAAUCGUUGUUAAAUGAAAGUGGAAAUAGGUUAGUACUCGAUGAACUAGAGUAUGAUGUGUUUGCAAUGCGUGACGAACUUGCAAAGUAUCUCUCUACUAUCACCACAGAGCAGAAGAAAGUUUAUGAUACAAUCAUGUCUGCUGUAACAAACAAGAGUGGUGGAAUGUACUUUUUGUAUGGCCAUGGUGGGACAGGAAAGACAUUUAUAUGGAAAACAUUAUCAGCUGCGAUUUGUUCCAGAGGAGAAAUUGUUAUUAAUGUUGCAUCAAGUGAUAUUGCAUCCCUACUACUUGCCGGCGGUAGAACAGCUCAUUCUAGAUUUGGACUCCCAAUAAUUGUGCAUGAGGGUUCCACUUGCAGCAUCAGUCAACAAAGUCCACAGGCAGAGUUAUUGAUGAAAGCAAAUCUUAUUAUAUGA